GGUUGGCGAAGAGCACAUCAGCCGUCCACACAAGAGCUCCCUCUCCGAUCACAACAAUAAUAAGAAGCCUACCUACUACCAGCAUUGGUAGCCAUCCACUCUUCGCCACUGCUCCACAGCCCAGAUUGACUGUUAAAAGAUAGCAUCAGUGCAGUAACUCCUCGCACACAACUCUAAGCUGUUUCGAUAGUUUUCCAUCCCAUUCUAUUCGUCCAAGAGAUACCCAUUAUUAUCUUAUCACCAUGAGCAGCUACCUCAACCUCGAUGGACCCUUCAAGGUUGAGUCUGCCAACUGCAAAUACACUAAAGAUGCUAUCAUCAGUGACUACACCUAUGAGACCACAAUGGUCGAGGGAAACACCGUCAAGCCUGUCUCCACAAAGAUGCAGUUCAAAACCGAGACCAAGGUUCCCAAGGUUGGAGUGAUGUUGGUUGGAUUGGGAGGCAACAAUGGGAGUACAUGUGUUGCCGCUGCUCUUGCCAACAAGAUGAAGUUGACUUGGAACACCAAAGAAGGAGUGCAGAAAUCAAACUACUGGGGAAGUGUCAUGCUGGCUUCCACUGUCAAGCUUGGAAAUGAUGCUAGUGGAAAUGCGGUGUAUACUCCCUUGAAAAACAUGCUUCCAAUGAUCGAACCAGAUGAAAUCGUCUGGGGAGGCUGGGACAUCAAUAGCAUGAAUCUUGGUGACGCCAUGAAAAGGGCCAAAGUUUUGGAGUACGAUCUCCAGGAAAAGCUCUAUCCUCAUAUGAAGGAGAUCAAGCCUUUGCCAUCGGUUUACUUCCCAGACUUUAUUGCUGCCAACCAAAGCGAACGAGCCGACAAUGUCUUGACGGGAACCAAACAGGAACAGUUGGAGCAACUACAGAAACAAAUCAAGGAUUUCAAGUCAACAAAUAAGGUCGACAAGGUCAUUGUUCUCUGGACGGCCAACACCGAACGCUUCGCUAGUGUGGAAGAAGGCGUCAACGACACGGCAGAAAACUUGUUGGAAAGUAUCCAGCGUGGUGAGGAAGAAGUCAGUUCCUCCACAGUCUUUGCCGUGGCUUCUAUUCUGGAGGGAUGUACCUUCAUCAAUGGGUCACCGCAGAACACCUUUGUGCCUGGCGUCAUUGAGCUGGCUCGUGAAAAGAAAGUCUUUAUCGCAGGCGACGAUUUCAAAAGUGGCCAGACCAAAAUGAAAUCGGUUCUGGUGGACUUCCUCGUCUCAGCUGGUAUCAAGCCCGUCAGUAUCGUGUCCUACAAUCAUCUUGGUAACAAUGACGGUCGUAAUCUCAGUGCUCCAAGUCAGUUCCGCAGCAAAGAGAUUUCCAAGUCCAAUGUGGUGGAUGACAUGGUUGCGUCCAACCGUCUUCUUUUUGAAGAGGACGAGCACCCUGAUCAUGUUGUUGUCAUCAAGUACGUGCCCACUGUGGCUGACUCCAAACGCGCCAUGGAUGAAUACACGUCCGAGAUUUUCAUGGGUGGAAAGAACACGAUUGUCAUGCACAACACUUGUGAGGACUCGUUGUUGGCCACUCCCUUGAUCUAUGAUUUGGUGAUCCUGGGUGAGCUGUGUGAACGUAUCACCAUGAAGAAAGAGGGUAGCAAAAACUGGGAAACAUUCCACCCAGUCCUUUCUCUUCUUUCAUACAUGCUGAAAGCCCCGCUUGUCCCCAACGGUGCACCUGUCGUCAAUGCUCUUUUCACGCAACGCCAGGCAAUCAUCAAUGUUAUGCGUGCCUGUCUUGGACUCGGACCCGACAACCACAUGACCUUGGAACAUCGUUUCGAGUCCACUCUGGCCGAUUUGCAGAAGCAAGCGACCACUGGCAAGAAACGCAAGGCAGGUCAAAUUUAAGCAACUUUCGACGAUGGCAAGACUCGUGGACCCGGAUGGUAACGGGAGAGUAUUGUACAUGCGAGAGUAUUUUACAUCAGUCGGCAUGGAUGUGGGUAUGAAGGGCUCCUGGUACCCUGUUCCUACGCAAGUUGCACACCGUAAGCUAUUUUAAGAAAAAUUAGAGUAGAGUACUGUACGCCAGAGCGCGGAACCAUCAGCGGGUUGCUCGCAAGUUGAGUUUCAGUACCAGGUACCUGUUUGUAAUUCAAUCACUGUCCUCCCAUACCGGUACGGUAGCUCCCCUGUGAGCCUAUCAUCUGGCGAGAUCAAAGUUACCAAAACACGUCGUAACCAAAACGGUCUGUUGGAUUGAAAUUUUUUUGAUGGUGCGCUUCAGUUGCGGUACCGUAGGCGGUGAUUGGAUCGUUCAGGUGAUAAAGUGCUUGAAGAUCAAGAAUGCUCCAUGCCUUCUGUUAAUUAAUACUCGUACCGGUGCCACUACUACCGGUACCGAUAAAGAUUGCACCUCGCUUUCCUGCGAUCCCAGCCAAGAGGUACUGUACCGUACGGUACAGGCCCCUUCUCGGUCGGCAUCAUCGAAAUAUUCACUCUGUACACGAACACCGAAAUUGGGUCAGGAUCCGACCUUCACAUGAUGAAGCAUGCCUCGUCGCUGUCAUUGGUGGUAGUCAGAGUUGGCAACCCCCUCGUACACAGACGUACACAGACGAAAACAGAAGUGCGUCGAUCGAGCAUCUAUAUGGACUCAUACCGUACAGUACCGCAACUGAAGCUCUCCAUCAAAAAGUUUCCAACCCAACAGACCCGGAGAGACAGCUCUUGUGACGAGAGACGUCUCCAGUUGUGCUGCUCGCUAACCCACAAGACUUGUCCUCCGAAUUUUGAGGCUAACUCACGAGAAGGCCAAAAAUCCAAGGACAACAAGAACAUUCUGGAAAACUCUCGAAGGAACCAUACUGUAGUGCAGCUUCGCCCUGUGACACUUGCGCCCUGUUUCAGUUGAGCCCACAAAUAUUUUGAGAGCAAGCACAAUUUUCAUCGUUUUGCACGUUGGCUACGCCAAAUUUAGAGCCCGCAUCGGUCGUCUAAGUAUCUACGGUAUUUAGAUCUAAGUGAUGAAAGUGAUGGCUAAGUAACCAUGCAGAGAGGAGCGCAGUGAAUCCUAAAUACCAUCCUGGGUCGUGCUGCCGCCAAGGAAAUGAGAUAUUCUGUUUUGGCCGAAAUUUUGUUUUGUUAGACUCUCCUCUGGCCUAAGU